AGUUACGGUUGCAACUUGGUGUGCCGCCGCAUAAUAUGUAUUAUUUACAAUGUUUUAUAUAGUUAACAGUAAGAAAAGUACUUUAAUAAUAUUUUUGACAAAAUAGGAAUACUGCGUUGGUUGAAAUUUCUCAAGCCACUUAUUGACAUAGAAACUAAUGACAGUGUACAAUCUUGCAAGACGGAGGAUUUUAAAAUGCGUUUCAGGGCUUUCACGUUUCGGAACAAAAUCUCUCCCGGGCCUGGAAGUACACAAUUUAUCUCUAUUCAAAAGAAAAAAUGCAACUUUAACUCCCACACAAAAAGGACCUUGGAGCGUUCUAUUUUUUGGAUCUGAUGAAUUUGCUUUAGACAGCUUACGAGCCCUUCACAAUCAGUAUAGACUACAGAAGUUACUAUGUCGUCUGGAAGUCGUAACAGCGUACAAAGGCAAAGAAAACUGCCUUACAAAGUACGCAAAGGAGAAUGGAAUUACAGUCCAUCAAUGGCCGGUUAAUGUUAACAACCUAGAUUUUCAUAUUGGAGUUGUUGUAUCCUUCGGUCACCUAAUUCCGUCUCAUAUUAUAAAUUCAUUUCCCUUAGGUAUAAUUAAUGUACACGCCAGUUUGUUACCAAGAUGGAGAGGUUCCGCGCCUAUAAUUUAUGCGUUAAUGAAUGGUGACACUGAAACCGGAAUUUCUUUAAUGAAAAUAAAGCCAAAAAGAUUCGAUGUAGGAGAAGUGAUAGCACAAGAGAAAACAACUGUUGGUCCUGAAGAGACACAACCCGAAUUGUACACCAAGUUAGCUAGGAUGGGCUCAAAAUUACUGAUUAAAACAGUGGAGAAGCUACCAGAUGUUUUGUGCUGCGGGAUACCGCAGAGUGAAGAGAGCGUUACGUAUGCUCCCAAAAUAACAGCGGAUAUAUCUUUCGUGAAAUGGAAUGAAAUGACAGCAAAAAAUGUAUUCGAUCUAAACCGAGCACUAACGGGUUUGUAUCCUUUAAGAACAAACUUUAAAGAACAGGCUGUGAAACUUUCUGAUAUUAGAAUAUUUUCUGAUAUACCUGAUGUAAUAUCAUCGGGCGACAUAGAAGCAGGUACAGUGAUUUACAACAAGGAAAGUGAUUCUCUACUCGUUAAGUGUAAAGAAAACACCUGGAUAUCUAUUAAAAAAAUACGUAUACCAGGAAAGCCUCAGAUGCCUGCUUUAGAUUUUAGAAAUGGCUUCAUGGGAGGCCAGAAACUAAAAUCGUGUAAUUUUUACUAAUAACUGUACAGAAAAUAAAUUUAAUAAAUUGUGAAAUACAAAAA